AUGGUCAGUAAGAAGCCUCGGCGGCCUGUUGUCGACCUCGAAGGGGAGGACGAAUCGGAGAUCGCUGCGAUAGACUCCCUUAUAGCUGGUCAUGACAUCAGCAUGGUCUGUCCUGACGCCCCAGGCAGUGUUGAUGAUAGUGGCAGGAAGAUAGUGCGGCCUGCAAUAAAGUACGGGGAGAGGCCUGAGCCUCGGAGGAAGAUUGGUGAGGAAGAUUCCGUGCAAACUAAAGCCGUACCGCCUCCCCACUACCGCUGCCAUCGUUGUGGAGAGCCAGGUCACUACAUCUACGACUGUCCGACCAAUGAUGACCCCACGUAUACGUCGAAGCAGAAGGUGAAGUCGGCAAGAGGUGUUCCUCGGCAAUUCCUCCGUAUUGUCACACGUGAGGAGGCCCAGGACUUGACAGAGGACGUGUACAUCCUUCCCAAUGGUGACUACGCCGUUAUGAAGCAGGUGUCCGAUGAGGAGAGGAAGAAGAUAGUGGGAGAGUCCGAGAAGGAGCGUUUAACGAGGGUGAGGGAAGUAACUGUUGGGAAGUAA